GUCUUUUUCCUCGCCUUUUUUGUAUUUACUACUAACGUGCUUUCAUUUUCGAAGCGUGAAUUCAUCACUCAAAGUGAUAUGCAUGAGUGAACGUAGGGUAACAAUCGUUGAUUGUUAGAGGUACAUAUUCCUGCGCCGAGAACAUCAUGCGGAAACAAAUCAUUUGAGAUUGGACAGCCUUAUAAACCUGACAACAACAACAAUCAUGCCACGAAGUUCUAUUUUUGACAUUGAAGUGUGCUGAUGGAGGGUGUGAUCCAGUUUCUUGAAAUGAAACUCAUUUAUUUUCGUUCUUUGAUUUGAAGGGUAAAGCGUCAUUUUGAAAGGUCACCACACCUGUUAUAAACUAAAGAUAUCGGCUGCGGAUUUUGGAGUUGUAUUUCAGACUGGGCAAACUAUAGCGUUGAGUUUGUAACGUGUAUACGGAAUCUCGUCAAUGUUCGUGUCUCAAUGUGUUCAGUACCCUUCAGCACUUGUGGCACUUUUCGAUACUCUGAAGAACAAAUUCAUGGUGUAAUCAUGUGCAGACGUCAUGCCGGGAAAUAGAAGUAAAUGUGUUUCCUUUAAGACCAAUGAAGGCAGUUUUGAUUAUGAAAAGAUGUCGUCAUCUGCAACAGACCUAUCAGAAGCGAGUUUGAAGACUUCCAGCCCAUCACAUUCAAGAUCCGGGUUACUUGAAGAUAUGAAUUCGAGCGAACGAAGCCUGGACAGUAACGAUCGCGAUUUUGAAACGCCUGACAAUGCAAAGACAUUAAGUGAAUACUUGCUAAGAAAAGAUGAAAUCAAAGGUUGCUUUGAGGAGGAGGAUGAUAACGGCUCUGAUGACGAUGACGAGCCUUUUGAUGAUGACAGUUGUGGCAAAUAUAAAAUAACAAAGUCGGAUAUAAUCACUUUUCUCUGCCUUGUUGUGUCAACUUUCAUAAGCUGGCUGGCAUUUUCGAUAAUGGCACCCUUCUUCCCAAACGAAGCUCAUCGUCGAGGACUUAUGGAUAUUGAAGUCGGGAUCAUCUUCAGCUUACAAGCUCUUACAUCUACCAUCGUAUCUCCAAUAGUUGGCAAAUUUAUACCCCUUAUUGGUGCGAAGGUGACGCUGGUGACAGGUCUAUUCUUAGAAGCCACAGGGAAUAUACUAUUUGGGUAUUGUGUCAAGCUUCACUCUAAGACGGCAUUCAUCGCAUUUGCUUACAUCACUCGUAUUCUGGUUGGUCUAGGUGUGGGGACAUCAGUCACGGCUACUAUGACAAUCAAUGCAAAGACAUUCCCAAACCACAUCGCUCGGACUAUGGGUUUGCUUGAGACAACAGCUGGUCUUGGUCUCUUACUGGGCCCUGUCUUUGGUGGCCUCCUGUACCAGCUUGGAGGAUCAAGUUACUUGCUACCCUUUGUUGUGAUUGGUGGUUUGGACAUGGGUUCUAUGCUCUUUUCUCUUUACUUCCUACCAUCACCAAAAUGUAAAGCUGUAGAGUCUGGUUCGGUUUCCGAACUUCUCCGAAUCCCUUGGGUGUGGCCGAUCGCGAUGGCGGCUUUCCUUGGCAGUGCAUGUCUAAGUUUCCUAGAACCCACUUUCUCCGUUCAUGCAACCAACUUUACCGACAACGCCUUCUACAUUGGUCUCCUCUUCAUGCUCAUCAGUGGUUCCUAUGCCGGUAGCUCUCCAUUAUGGGGCUGGAUAGGGGACACAUUCGCUAUGACGCGAGUCUGUUUGAUAAUAGGCCUUAUCUUGGAUAGCAUUGGAUUUCUUCUGAUUGGACCUUCACCAGUAUUGCAUCUUCCAAGUCGUUUGUGGAUCAUUUGCAUCGGGUUGAUUCUAUUUGGUGUCGGUGAUGGCGCUGUUAUAGUUUCUGCAAUCGGCGACAUGUUUAAAAUAGCAGUAAAAUACAAAUUACCGGAGGACAUCCGAACAUACGGCGUAGUAUCAGGUGUAUUCAACGGUGCCUAUUCAUUAGGGACGGUUUUCGGGCCUUGGGUAGCGGGUGGGUUACUCUAUCAGGAAUAUGGUUUUAAUAACACAUCACAGAUCAUGUCACUACUGCUUCUAUCCAUGGCGUUCAUCAUCUGUGUAUCAUCGGUAGUUGAACACCACUGGAGAAAGAGACAAAAUCGACUGGGUAAACGAGUAAAGGAUCUGUAUAACGUCCAGACUGACAACGCAAUCCCUGAGACGGUGCCGCUAUUCCAGCAACCGAAGGGUAAAAAACCAUCUCAAGAAAGCUGACAUCUGAUGAUCCAAACAGAUUGAUGAAGUCAAACCCACCGAUCAUCAUUCACUCCUUGCGCUGGUGCUAGCUACAACAAAAUGCGAACAAGCUUUGAGAUUUUUGUAAGUGUAUUGCAGUUACUUUGUGCAUUUUCCACUAGCGCUCCUGCUUAAAAUCAGGCUGCCCAUGCAUUGCGUGCUCUAGUGGCCUUGAUUUGAUUUUCAAGUCGAAAUCAUUAAUUAUUUCAUCAGAUUAUUAUCAAAUUAGGAGAUGACUACUGAAGACAACGACAAAUUGUGUGAAUUUCAAUUGAUGAUCCAUGUACUAGUACGAGGGUGGCGAGUUCAACCAUCGAGAAACACUGUAUCGUACGAGGUUUAAAGUUAAAACCUGAUUGGUCAAAAGUUAGUAUCAGCGGUGGUUUGUAACCUGCGGUAGACUACUGGCAACAGAAUCGAAACGCUUUGAAUUUCACAAACUAUGGAACUGAAUAUAUCCAGAGGAUUUUUUGUUCUUCUUUCUCCUGCUUAAAACAGCGGAGUGUUCUUGAGAGAAAGGAGUUAUAUUUCUUUCUUUCAUAACAUGUCAAAUGAAGUAUUAUACCAAUAAACAUUCAAACAAUAGUAUGUUAAGCCUACCUGCCUACUAAACCCCUCAAACUCAAGUAUAAUGUAUUAUAUCUUUCUUGUCAUGGCAUAAUCUUCGAUAUAUUAAGUAUGAAUAUAAAGUAGAUUUAUUCCUUGUUAAGAUGAUACCCUAUUUGUUAUGAUCUUCGAGUGAUGGAAUGUGCAGAAGAUUCAAUAUAAUGGGCAAAGACAGAAGUGAAAAAUGUCGAAUUGCACUGCUCUUGUUCGACUGUGCAUUCAAAUUGCGCCAUUACCCAGGCCUUUUCAAAAGUCGUUAACGUAAGCAUGAUGAUAGUGGCGGAUCCGGGGGGCGGGCCCCCACCCCUGGGGAAAAAACGUUAAUAUUUCCUCUCUCUUUUGGAGAUGGGCUCCCUCCCCUGGCGUUCAAGGAAGGGGGUGGGAUUUUUCAAAUUUUCGAGGGCCCCCUCAAAAAAAUAGUGCU